UCGCCCAUAGCAAGGUUAGAAUGUGUCAGCAAAUGCGCAUGCGCAGUCCGCUUGCUGGCUAAACUUCAGUGCUAUCUGCGACACCGCUUUGUUCGCGUGUUUACGAGUUUUGUGCUUGUGUUGUGAUAUCCGUCAAGUUGGGGGGCUCCUGCGACAGUAUCGCCCAGAGGGUAGCGGCGGCGCGGGUAGGCGAGCGUCGCACGCGCACCAUGCUUGCUAGCAUCAAGGGCUUCUGGAAGGUGUGCCGCUAUGGAGACCUCUAUAUGGUUUUGGCGGCGUUGGCAGCGCAGUCUAUCAACAUAUCAGUCGGGUUUUGUCAAGGCUUCUCCGCGGUUCUGCUGCCCCAGUACACGCAUGAAUAUCCACAGAUAUCUUACGAACAAAGCUCAUGGAUUGCGAGCUUGGGUGUGAUAUCAAAUCCAAUUGGUGCGCUACUUGGUGGGAUGAUGGUUGAUGCAGUAGGUCGAAAGCUUCUCCUGCAGUCAAUAGUCCUACCUAACCUUGUGGGCUGGCUUGUCAUCGCCUUCUCGGAGACUUACAUCUUUCUUUGUGUUGGGAGGUUCAUCACAGGAUUUACUAUAGGCAUGUCAACGGUCUCAUACAUCUACGUAGCGGAGAUCACAACAGCGGAAAAACGUGGUGUAUUAAGCGCUUUAGGUCCUGGAUUGGUCUCCACUGGAAUAUUUAUAGUGUACUCCCUGGGAUCAUUUGUCCAUUGGCGAAAAGUCGCUGCCAUAUGCGCCGCUGUCUCCCUUCUCACACCGUUCCUCAUGUAUUUUGCGCCAGAGUCACCUCUGUGGCUCGCCUCCAAAGGGCAGAUGAAGGAGGCCUACAGUGCCAUGUUCUGGCUUCGGCAGAACAACAACACCGCUCAGCAGGAGCUCAUGGAGUUCACCAAAGACCGCAAGAGCGACGAGGAAAUGACGUUUCGCCAAAAACUUGCGCUCUUCAAACGCCGGAGUGUGCUCAAGCCGUUUGCAUUACUCAUUGGUUUCUUCUUGUUCCAAGAGAUGUCAGGGAUAUAUGUGAUACUAUACUACGCUGUGGACUUCUUCAAGUCCGUUGGUACGAGCGUAAAUGAGUUCACCGCUUCCAUUAUAGUAGGAGGAGUACGUGUAUUCAUGGGAGCCGUUGGCGCGUGUUUAAUUAACAGCUUCAGACGUAAAACAUUGGCUGCAACAUCCGGGUUACUUCUCGGUAUAACAAUGCUUGGUGCUGCUAUAUGCGACUCGUUACAGGGACCACCGCUCGUGAAGCUGGCGUGCGUCCUACUCCACGUAUCAGUCAGUAUGGUCGGCUUCCUACAGCUGCCAUGGAUCAUGUCGGGGGAGCUCUAUCCGCAGGACAUCCGUGGCGUCAUGUCCGGGGCUACGGCAUGUUGCGCGUACAUGUUAAUCUUCUUCAACAUAAAGACAUACCCUCAGCUCGAGUACUACCUCACAAGUAAUGGGACAUUGUACCUAUUUGGCAUCUGUGCGUUGCUGGGUGCAGCAUACUGCUAUUUGUUCCUACCAGAGACGAAAGGGAAGAGUUUGACUGAGAUUAUGAAGCAAUUUAACGAUGAUAAAAAAGAGGCAGAUCCGGAGAUAGGAUGCGAGAAGAAGGCAACAGUUGAGGGCAAUGUGGUGCAGCGGCGGCAUAGCGCCGGGGCUGCCGUGUGCCUUGAAAAAAGCAAUAACUUGUUUGACAACAGGUGGAACCACGAUAAGACUGUUGAGCAAUGCGAAUGAGCUUUUGCUUUGUAACACGAGAUGGCGUUGUUCUAAAUAUAUCUAUUUCUCAAUAAAAUAAUAUUUUGCUGACUGGAAAAUGUGAUUAGAUUUUAGUUUAGUUAAUUAUUAUCAGUAUUACAAGUAACGCGGCGAAUUUGACUGCAACAUUCCAAUGUGAUAGUGAUAUUGUGUUAAUAGGUGAUGUCGUUAACUAAGCACUAGUUAAGAAUAUUUUUAUAAUAUUUCGUACAAAUGUUAAUUAGUUUAAAUAAAGUAUGACUGUUGCUAAUUUUAUCGGGUUAGAAUAAAUAUUAAAUUAUAUUUAUACCUUCUGUGAUGUUUAUAACAAAUAUUAAAAUAAAGUAUUAUAAAUAAUAAUGUGUGAAUCAAAUACAAGGUU